AUGGCUGUACGUAACCCUGUAAAUGCCAUGGUAGACGUAGAGGAGGAAGCUAUCACUAACUUUCCUCAAAGUUUGCAGUGCGACGAAACCCAGUCAGCCACAGAAGCUACUGGUACUCAAUCCCAGUACGUGACAGAACCUGUUACGACACAAACUGCAGAAGCAGAGAUUCAUAUCUACAGCAACGAUGACACAUCCACCUGUAGUGAUGAAGAUGAGGAGGCCCAACACCACCAGUACGCUUCAGCUGCUCCGCCUCCCGUGCCAGACGAUGAUGACGAUGACGGCAACCCAGGACAGGAGACGACAGGGUACUCUACAGAAAUGGUUCAGGAAGACGAUUCGACUUCCCAGAUUGAGUCUGGUGACGAUCAUAAGCCUUACGGGAUAGCAGCAGCAAAUGUAGUGUAUCAGGCAACAGCUGUGCAUCACAGUCUGUCCCAUGGUAACCCGACUGCUGUACAGCAAAGCCUGUCCCAUGGUAACCCUACUACUGUACAGCAAAGCCUGUCCUAUGAUAAUCCCACUGCUGCACGGCAAAGCUUGUCCUAUGGUAAUCCAACUGCUGUACAGCAAAGCCUGUCCCAUGAUUACCCUACUACUGUACAGCAAAGCCUGUCCUAUGAUAAUUCAACUGCUGCACGGCAAAGCUUGUCCUAUGAUAAUCCUGCAGCAAAUUACUCUGUUGCGAAUGCAAAUGACGUCGAGAUGGACUCCCAUCUUCCGACAAAUACCUUGUACGGGCAGCAAUCCGCCUCUGCCUGCCCCGCUGAGGCGGCUGUGAAUCCUCUGUACGGAAAAGGACUAGCAUCUGCUCAAUGA